AGCGCGCUCCGACAUGAGGCUGUGCAACCGCGGGAUGAUGAUGCUCCUGACCACCGCCGGGGCUUUCUGCGCCUUCAGCCUCAUGACCAUCGCGGUGGGCACGGACUACUGGCUCUACUCCCGCGGCAUGUGCCGCUCCAAAAGCUCCAGCGACAACGAGACUCUGCGGAAGAACGAGGAGGUGCUCACGCACUCCGGCCUCUGGAGGACCUGCUGCACCGAGGGAACAUUCCGGGGCGUUUGCAAAGACAUCGACCACUUUCCUGAAGAUGCCGACUACGACCAGGAUGCAGCCGAGUAUUUGUUACGGGCGGUGCGUGCCUCCAGCCUCUUCCCCAUCCUGAGCGUGGGGCUGCUGUUCCUGGGGGGAGUGUGUGUGGCAGCCAGUGAGUUCUACAAGUCCCACCACAAUGUCAUCCUGUGUGCAGGCAUCUUCUUCGUCUCUGCAGGUCUGAGUAACAUCAUCGGCAUCAUCGUCUACAUAUCAGCCAACUCGGACGACCCCAGCCAGAGCGACAACAAGAAGAGCUACUCGUACGGCUGGUCCUUCUACUUCGGCGCGCUGUCCUUCGUGCUGGCCGAGAUGGUGGGCGUCCUGGCCGUGCACGUGUUCAUCGAGAAGCACCGUCAGCUGCGCACCAAAGGCCGACCCUCCCUCAUGAAACCCGCCAUCUCACGCAACUCCUCCUACUACCGCCAGCGCUACAGCCAGAACCGCCCGCGCCGCCUCAGCUCCCGGAGCACCUACAGCACGGGGGACUCUUUCAGGGCAGGGCUGGUGAGGGACCGGGAGGCCUCCAUCACGGCAGAGACGAAGAUGAGCGCGCUGGGAGGACUGCCCGCGCCCAUGACCAUCUGUCCGGACUUCAUGCUGUACACCGUGGCGCCGCAGGUCUCUGAUGCCAAGUUGGAGGAUGGGCACACGUUAGGAGGGCACAUUGAGGAGGAGCUGGCGCCUGGGAAUUGCUCAGUCAACAGAAGGACAACGCCUGUGUGAGAGAGCGUUAAGAGUGUAAAAGACAGUACGCUUUUUUGUAUUCUUUUAACGAGUCCACGUUACGCUCUUUUCUGAUCUAUGGUAUUAUGUUGUUUCCUCAUCAAAAACAUACCUGGAGUUGUGUUUUGUUUCUUUCUUGUUUAGUUUUUCUCUCAAAAGGAAAACACUGAUCCACCUUGUGAUGUGAUGUGAAACUCGGACAAUUUUAACUCUGGCAUUGUAAAAGGUUAGAAUGAUUCAUCAGUUGGUUUCACUUCAUGGAAACCGUCUGACCUCACAGCAUUAGAAUUCGUUCGCUCGACGGUAGGUGGGUACUUUUUUUAUUUAACCAAUCGCUGCACUUUGGUCAUGACGUAUAUAAUGCUCUGUUAACGGGACUAACUGGUAUAUUAAGCUUUUCCCAAAUCCUGUAGGAAGAAGGACAAUGACGUCUUUCCCCUUGAUAAAAUUCAUCAAAUAUUCUCUUUGUUUCGGCUUUAAAUGCUCGAUCUCGGGAAUCGUUGCCAACACAGAAUGUACGGCUCUUUGAUGGCUUUUUAGCUGGUGCCCAAACUCACACUUGCACUCCUGAUCUAGUCACUGGAGAGAGUGACCUGGCGCUAGGUCGCGCCUGCCUGGAUAGUAAAAGGUAGCUGUUAACUUGGAAACUAUAACACUACUUGACAUCACAAGGUGGAAAAGAGCAUUUUGAGCUUUGGAGAUGUAGACAGACUAAUAAUAAAGGGUUACUCAAACAUGUGAUUAUAACAUGGCUUAAAGCUCACAAUAUAGGCCUUAAUACCUCUGCUUCAGUAUGAUUAUUCUAGUUUAUAUUCUCUAAUACAGUCUUGUAUGUGAUUUGGCUGUUUUUUUAGUUGUAUUUUGUAUGAAUAAUAAAGUAUGACAGGUCUUAUUUCAUCCAGAUCAAACUAUCCUCACUGCUGGAGCCUGCGUUUACCAAUCCCAACCAUAUAACAUGACCUUCUUUACCUUAGUUCCUGUUUUAUGAAGUUGCAACAACAUUUUUUUCUUAUGCAAAAUCAACUCUUUGGGAGCUUUCUACCAUGUUAUAACAUUGUUCCCUCAUCAAAAACAUGAAGGGGUAUUAGAUGUCAUCCACGCAUGUCUCACGCAUGUAAUUUUGCAGUCUCUUCCGAGCCCUAUUCGAACCCUUAUUACAGUUAGCUGUAAGAUUCUGUGCAAUCCUCAGCCUACAAGCCUAUGUCAUCCACGUGGAGGUGAGUGCUCCAAUGUUAAAAUGCUCUCAAUUAAAAUGGAAAGUGAACUCCCCCUAAUGCAAAAAAUACAGGGUGUCCCAAAAAGUUUGACAUCAUU